GUGUAGGACCUUCCCCUUCUCCUCAUUUGUAAAGUUAGUGCUCUUGCAGAGCAUUAGCAUGUACUAUCUUUUUUGCCAAUGCGCAUGACUUUUAUAACACGUGUUGGACAGCGCGGACAACCGGAAAAUAAAGUUGGGUUAUUAUGUUGUGAUAUUUUAUGUGUUACAAAUAAUGUAAAAUAAAUAUAAUAUAAUUAAAAGCACCUGUAAAAUGGAAUGCCCAAGCUAUAUUUAUCUUAAACUUGAAAACUUGGAGUAUUUGGUAAUUUCUUCUGUCGAUUUGGUCCACCAAAACCAUGAAUAUUCUGAACUAUUCUAUUCUUGUAUUCCCGAGGUUUACAAAUUCACUGAAGAAGAAGCAAGUGAAGUUGGACACUUUUUAAAAUUAGAUUCAAAAAAGAAGAAACUCCAAAAUAUGAUAAGAGAAAAAUAUGGCAAAAUUGUUCCACUAGAUAAAUUGCAUAAUAUGAAGAGCAAGUUGACGAAUUCUUCAGAUAACGAUCUGCAGACAGUAGUUGAACUUCUUCAGGAAACUUAUCAUGCAGAUGUUCAUAUUUACCAUGAAGAGGAAACAUCCACUUGUAAGGGUAUCUACUUUUCUACAAAUGAAAUGAGAAGCGAUUUUCAAAAGUGGCCGGAAAUUGUAUUUCUAGAUGGCACCUACAAAUUAACCAACAAUGACAUGACAACGAUGAUUUUCUUAGUCGAAGAUGGGAACGGUCGGGGGCAAGUGGUUGGCGUUGGUUUAUUGGCUACUGAAGAACGUAAUGUGCUAGAAUGGAUGAUAAAUGCCUUUAAAAAAGACAAUGAAGAAUCGUGUAAGAACAUCAAGGCCUUUAUGACUGAUAAGGAUUUGACAGAACGUGACGUUUUGAAGGAAAUAUUUCCUGAUGUUGCCACUUAUAUAUGUAUCUUUCAUAGUCUAAAGACAUUUAAAAAAGUUGUCAAUAGCUCAAACAUGAAUCUUAAUAGUGAUGAAAAACUGGAAACGCUAAAAGUCUUGGAGUCUCUUGUCUACGCUUCAUCAGAAGAACAGUAUAAUGAAUUGUAUCUUGAAUUAAAUCUAACUGCCUCCCCUGAAUUUAUGGAAUAUUAUAAUAGGAACUGGCAUAAUAUAAAGGAGGAUUGGUGUUUAUAUAGUCUAAUGAAACAUAAUCUAGGCAAUACUACGAAUAACCGGCUUGAAUCUAUAAAUGCAAAACUUAAGCUAGUACUGGAAAAAAACUCACCACUGAUCAUAACAAUAAAGGAUUUUUUCGAGUGGUACAAUAGUCAUAAAACCGAAGCUUUUAUAAGAACUGCUCGGCAGUUUUUGAGAAGACCAAAUCUUCAAUUUCCUGCGAACAGUGCUGAACAAAAAUAUGUGGAAGCUUUAACAAAAUAUAGCUCUAAAAUAGUUUUAGCUGAAAUUAAAUCCAGUGUUGAAAUAGUUUGUUCUAGAACUGAUGAAAUUUCAAAAAUUUGUCAAUUCGAGAACUUAGAAUCAUCAAUCACCACAUGUCAAUGUAAAAUAAAAAUAUCCCACAAAUUACCUUGCCGACACAUAUUUGCAGUAAGACGCCAUUUUGGAUUGGACUUAUUUGACAAUUGUUUAUAUGACCCCCGUUGGAAUAAACAGAAGUUAAUCGAUCAAGAAGUAACUUUAUCAUCCAUGUCUGAUAACAUUAAAACCGACAAAGCGCCAUUCUCUGUUAAUGUAAAAACGAUAAAAAAAAAAAAAGUACAAACUGUUAGCGAAAAGAGGAAAAUAGUAUUAGCAAAAGCUACGAAACUUGCUAAUAUUAUCAGCUUAUUAUGUGGCUCUGACUACGAUAGAAACGUAAAAUUGAUUGACGACAUAAUUUUACAUCUUUCAAAUAAUUUAAUAGUGGAUAUAGUCACAGGUAAAGACGAUAAGCAUCUAGAAAGUAGCUUUCAGAAUUUGUCUAUCGAAGAAAAUACCAAUAAUGAUGUCAUCGAGUCUACUGAAAAUACAGAAAAUACUCCAAAUUUAAGAAAAAUAAAAACACCCGCUAAAAUAAAAAUAAAGGGACGGCCGAGUGGAUUUUUAAAAACGACAAGAACUUUGAAGAAAAAGGCUUAAUGUUAUGAUUGUGAGAUAGGAGAAGGAAUCGUUAAAAAAAAUUAAUUUAAUUAAUUGUUAAUCAUAAAUAUAUAAUUUUUAUAGUUUUAAUAAUAUAUA